AAAAGAGUAUAAAUUAUUGAUUAAAUAAUUAAGGACUGUAAUUUAUUUUAUUAAAUUUAAUAUUCUUUUCCAAAUUCUCCACAUAUUUUAUACCAUAAAAAAAGAACAACACCCUUACACACAUAACAUAUCCGAAUCAGUGGUUCUUCGACAUCACACGAUGGUAUAGGGAAAUGAGCUUCCACGUCAACAAGAUAAUAAUCUCUUCGGGACUAUACAUUUACAACAAAAAGAAACAAAUCUUGUGGUCAAAGUUUCCAUACGUAGCUUCUCUUCUCUACACUCACGUCCACCACAAUCCUCGUGCUCCUUCCUCUAAACCCGUCCGAUUCACGUACUUUUACUAUCUUUUCUCAAUCCAACAGCUCACAGUCCACAAACAAAUUUCAAAUCGCGUCCUAUAAAAUCCCCUCUCCUCUGCUCCACACUCUCUCAAAACCCUAGAAAAAAUGGCAGGAACCGGAGUUGUGGCGGUGUACGGCGAAGGAGCCAUGACGGAGACGAAACAGAAAUCUCCCUUCUCCGUGAAAGUUGGUCUCGCUCAGAUGCUUCGUGGCGGUGUAAUCAUGGAUGUCGUCAACGCAGAGCAAGCUCGAAUCGCUGAAGAAGCUGGCGCAUGCGCCGUGAUGGCUCUUGAACGUGUUCCCGCCGAUAUUCGAGCUCAAGGCGGUGUUGCACGUUUUUGUUAGUUGACAUGGUCAUACUUAAUUAGGAGAAACCAUUACAUAAUGUUUUUAGGCACUGUAUUUUUUUUUUGUUAAAAUAAACAUUAUGUAAUUAAUUGUGCAAUAAUACAUUCAAUAAUUGUUAAGAUAACACAUAUGAAUAAACAAUUUCACAUAAGUAUAUUGAAAUUGCUAAGUUCAAUCAAUAUAUUUUGUUUUAGAAUACUAAUUAAACACUAAAACUUAACAGUUGAUUAAUUUUAACUUACUAUACUGUUAAACUUAACAGUUUAAUUAACGUUAACCGAA